CGAAUUACCACCUGAAAAAGACUUCAAGUUAUGAAACAUGGAAGAAACCAUCAGUUUCUUCUCAUCUUCUUCCUUCCGUUAUAAUUUUCUCAGAGGUCCGAAGAGUGUUUUCCUCCGCCGUCUUAGCAGGACGAGAGAGCUCUAGGCCAAGUGUUGACAAAUCAAGAAACGUCCAAAAUAUUUAUGUCUCUUUUGUACAUACAAAACACAUACACACACACUAUACUCAUUCAUUCAAGAAAACCCUAUAUCUCUGUGUAUUUAUUAUCUCCCUUCUCUUUAUAUAAAUAGUAGUUAGAAGGAUCUUUUACUUCUCAAGUCUCACAUUCUUAGCCCUUCUUGGUUUUUUGGCUUACUUGUAAUACCCUUUUGUCUCCAGCUAACAUUUCACUUCUGUACUUUUCUUCCGUUACAAAGCCAAAAUUUUUCGUUCUUUAAUUAUAUAUGUCGUCGUCAUCAUCACCACCUUCAUCUUUAGGAGGAGUUGGAGGAGGAGAAGAGCCUUCUUCCUCUAGGAGCCGUAGACGUGCUGGAAAUGAUGUUUGGCCAGAGCCUUUCGUGGAGGAUUUGGCUUUGCUUGUUGCCUCUGAUGCUUCUCGUUCCAUUGGCCGUUUGGCUGCUGCUCAAGCCCUAUCCGUUAUUUUUCAGGUUUGUUCAACAUGGCAAGCAGUGUCACACUCCGAUCUACUAUGGCAAAACCUGACCCGCCGGAUAUGGAACCGCCACAACCUUCUCCGCCCAACAUGGCGGGAGGAGUACAUAUAUUGGCACCAAACAGCCAAUAAUUUCCUUCACCAUAGAUACACAUAUAAUACCCUCCAUUUCGUGCCAGAAAACAACGACAACGACGACAAUAACAACAACAUCGACAGCCUAUUUUGUCGACGUUUAGCCUUGUCUGACCACCAUCUAGCCGCGGGGUUCUCCGAUGGCUCGGUUCAAUUAUUUUAUAUACCUACGAGGCUACAGUUGUCGACCUUCCACCCUCAUCACCGUGAUCGCCUAGGCCCAUUCUCUAGAGCUGUUUCUGGGAUUAUUUUGUCUGAUGUUCAACUUGUGUUUGCUUCUCUUGAUGGUGAUAUUCAUGUGGUGGUCAUAGGUGAUGCUGCACCACCUAGACGUGCUCAUUUAGGGGACGUAGUUAAUGAUGGUGCUUUGGUUGAUUUCACUGGCUGUGACCAGUGGUGGGUUGGCUUAUAUGCAGGUGUUCCAGGACGGGCAUUUCACAUAUGGAAUAAGGAAACAGAAGAACUACUCUUUGUUGGUGGUGAAUUGACAGAUCCAGAAGCGUUAAUGGGUUGGCACCUACUGACCGAGGUGACCGAGCUCGUGGGCCGAAUCAGGGUGACAACCCGAGAGACGGCCGUGGCAUGCACCAGCCUGCAGAUCAUGGUAAUUGACUUGCAAAACCAAGGCAUAAUAAUAAGAGCACAACCGUUCCGAAGAGGGCUCAUCGUGGCAUCAUUUGAUGCCCGAAACGAGACGCUGGUGGCCGUGGACAACCGGGGCAUAGCCACCGUGCGUAGGGCGGACAAUUUGGAGGAGAUAUGCAGGUUUAAUGUUGGAGGAGCAAACCAAAGGGGAAUUGUUGGGUGCAUGAAUGGAGGGUAUGCAUUGAUGUGGAUAAGGAAUGUGAUUAGGGUGCGGGAGAUACAACAUGGAGCAUAUCUAUACAGUAUUAGGGAGAGAAUUGGUGAUAUAAAUGCUAUAAUUGCAGAUGAAAGGUAUUUAGCAGCCUGUUCCAGUGAUGCCACUAUCCAUUUGUGGGACUUUGGUGCACAAUAGUAGUAUGGAGCUAUUGCUUGAUGUAGCAGAAAGGAAGUUAAUUGGAUAUGCUUGUUUUUUUUUUUAAAAAAAAAAUUGGUUUUCUUGGUAGGGGAAAGGGUUUUUAGAUGGGAAUUAGGAAGGGUUUUAAGGUACAGUUGAGCUGACUUGAUUGAAUAGGAAAAGAACAGGAAAAAACACAUUCUGAGAGAUAU